AUGGUGAUGGAGUCCCCACGAUUCUUGAGCGACAUUUUCCCCGAGGAGCAUGCUGAUCUCUCAUGGGUUCCCGACGGGAUGGAUCCCAAUUCGUCUUACAGGUUUGCCGCACGUGUAGGUGCUUUUAUUAAAUUGACUCAAGAUGGCAAGCGCGAGUAUUGUGAUGCUUGUAACAUUGCUAAGAUUUUAGAUAGGGAUACCACAAAUUGGAAUGAUUUGCUACUUGAAAUUGGUACAGAAAUUCAGCUAGACUCUAAACAUAAGUUACGUGUCACCUAUUGGGAUAAUAUGAGUCGUAGCUAUGAAGAAAUUGAUUCUGAUAACAAACUGCUGCAUGCAAUUGACAUGAGACUUCAUCAAGCAAUUGGAUCACCUCCAGGCCUAGUGAUCUCAAUAGAUGCAAGCAAAGGAAUUGAUUAUGAUGUUAUUCAAGUCUUCAAAAAUGGAGUUGAGCAUAGGGAGUGCAUGAGACACUUAGUUGCAAACUUCCAAAAACGGUUCAGAGGUGAGGUCUUCGAGAAGCACUUAUGGCCAGCAUGUAGAGCUUUUCAAAGGCACAGCUGGAUUAGGGAUGAGAAAUCACUGCCUGUAGUUGAUAUUAUGGAUAGGAUAAGGCAAUUAUGCAUGGAUAAAAUGUUCUUGAGAAGAAAAAUUGCCAAGAAGCUUAAAGAUAAGAUUUUGCCUAACGUCAUGAAGGACCUCAAUGCAAGAAGCAGGGGGUUGAAAUAUAUGUGGAGGUAUGCAUACAAAGAUGGUGGCAGAGAUAAUGAAAUGUUAGGUGAAGUCGAAGGUGUUACAAGGGAUCUAGUUCAUUGGAGGCAUACUGUUGAUCUUCAAGAGAGGAAGUGCACCUGUAGACGUUGGCAAGUUACUGGUCUGCCAUGUACACAUGCCUUGUGUGUUAUCACCUCAAUUCGAGGUUGUAAUAUUGACGGCUCUGUUCAUGAAUACUACUCUAUCACAAAGUUUAAGAAGGCAUACCAAAAGUGUGUGAAGCCAAUGGCAGAUAGGAAACAGUGGCCUCAAGUGAACCUUGAAUUUAAGUUGUGGCCUCCAAUUCUGAAACCAGCAGCUGGGAGACCAAGGAAGAGGAGGCUUAAAUCAGCUGCAAAAGGUGGAUCUAGAAAGAGAACCACGAGAUGCAAAAGGUGCAAACAACUUGGACACAUGGCGAAAAUAUGCAAUGAAUAUGUCUAUGAUUCUGAUGCACCACCACCUGCUGCUCCAAAGCCAAAGAGAAAGAGAGGCAAGAAAAGUGUCACAUAUGACAAGGAGGCUGCUGGAACUAGAAUCAUCUACACCAACUAG